CUGCGAUUGACACUAAACAAGUCGUUCCUGUGUCCAGCCGGUGGAACAGCGUCUAGAUCAGGAGAAACAUGCGAGCAUGAACUUGCACACAUUUUUUUUAGGACGUUCUUUAUUUGAUGGACACUGAGUCUGCAGCGACUGAAUACUUAAGUCCGCGUCUCUAACUGGAUGAAAUCAUGUGCCCUCAUAUUUUCAUUUUGUGUGUGAUAUUGAUCAGAACAAUGCACGUCGCAUCAUCGUUGGAGCUGCACUAUGGCAUGCCAAAUGUUUGUGCCAAUCAGGAGAUGUCUAUGUUGGGGGCCCGUCAGCCUUGUGUUCAGGCUUUUACCCGCAUGGUCAAGGUUUGGAAACAGGGCUGCAGUAACAACAGAUGGUGUAUGGGGUAUGAGAGGAGGACAGCAUACUAUACAGCAUACAGGCAGAGGUACAGCAUGGACUUGAACACUGUCUACAAGUGCUGCCCAGGAUGGAUUCAGAAGGAUGAAGAGAUGGGCUGUCUGCACAGGGUGUGUGCUGCCAACACAUGUUUCAAUGGAGGCCAGUGUGCAGAGACUGAAGACCAGAUAUGCCAGUGCCUACCAGGCUUCAAAGGAACACGAUGUCAGUAUGAUGUUAAUGAAUGUGAAGUGGAUGAAGGCGGCUGUGAGGGCUACUGUUGCAACACUAUUGGCAGCUAUUACUGCAAGUGUCCUGAGGGCAGUAGACUUGGGCCAGAUGGCAAGACAUGUCCCGACAUAAACGAAUGUGAGGAGUUCAAUGGAGGCUGCCAACAAACGUGUGUCAACGUACCAGGCUCUUAUUAUUGUGAGUGCAGCGAAGGCUUCCGUAUGCACGCUGACGGUCGGACAUGCAUUGCUGUAACUUCUUGCUCAGUAUUGAAUGGUGGAUGUGAGCACAGGUGUGUGGACAUGGGGAACAAUCACUACAAAUGUGAGUGCCGAACGGACUACCGACUGAAGAACGAUGGGAGACACUGUGAAUUGAGGGAUCUCUGUGAGGAGAGGAAUGGCGGCUGCUCCCAGCUGUGUCUUUCUGAAGAUGGCCUGAUUCAGUGCAGCUGCCGACCGGGUUUUACUCUGGCUCCAGAUGUCAAAAACUGUGAAGACAUUGAUGAGUGUGGUUCAGGUCAUGCCAAGUGCUCCCAUGGUUGUGUUAACACACUGGGCUCUUUCACUUGUGUGUGUCAUCCAGGAUUUGAACUUGGUGCAGACGGCAAACAGUGUUACCGCAUUGAGAUGGAGAUCAUCAACAGUUGUGAGAAGAACAAUGGAGGAUGCUCUCAUCAUUGCGAGCACACGACCAAUGGUCCCCUUUGCUCCUGCAACCACGGCUUCCAGUUGGACCAUGACAGGAAGACCUGUGUAGAUAGUGAUGAGUGUGUUCAUGGGGAAUCCUGCUGUAGUCACUUCUGCAGAAACUACCCGGGUGGUUAUGAGUGCAGCUGCAGAGCUGGUCACAGUCUACACCCAGAUGGCUGUGGCUGUGAUGACAUUGACGAGUGCCUAACCGAGACUUCAGGCUGCGAACACUUCUGUGUCAACGCCCUGGGAACAUACGAGUGCUUUUGUCGACUGGGCUUCCGCUUGGAUGAGGACCAGCACUCGUGCCUCUCUCUGUAUGGCAGAGAACUGGAUGAAGACGAAGAUGAGGAGGAGGAGGAGGGGGAAGAGGAAGAAGAAGAGGAAGACCAGCUGGAAGUUCACAGAUUGCCUGACCUGCUAUUCCGCAAUGCCCCUCAGCUCCUGCAGUACACGGCGGCCUUGCACUACCGUUUUGAAAAUGACGACGAUGAUGAUGACGACAGUGAUCGUGGUGACGAUGAAAAACCAAUGGAGAUUCAGAGAGACCGCAGGGGAGAACUACGGCUGGACAGCCACAUAGUAUGUCUAGGUGGCUCGUUUGGGGAUGACUGCAGUAUGAGCUGUGAAGACUGUGUAAAUGGAGUUUGCAGUGAAGACAACGAUCGAUGUCAGUGUUCACCUGGGUGGAUGGGGGUCAUAUGCAACAAGACUUGUCCACAGGGAACCUACGGGCAGGCCUGUAACAGCCUGUGUCGCUGCCAAAAUGGAGGCUUGUGUGACCCUGUGACUGGGAAGUGUUUGUGUCCCCCAGGGGUACAAGGUUUUUUCUGCGAGGAUGGUUGCCCAAGAGGACAUUUUGGGAGGGACUGCAGAAGAAAGUGUAAUUGUCCAAACAAUGGACAUUGCCAUCGUGUGUAUGGAGCCUGCCUGUGUUCACCCGGUUUAUAUGGUCGUUUCUGCCACUUGCCCUGUCCCAGGUGGACACACGGUCCAGGCUGUUCCAAGGAAUGUGACUGUGUUCAAGAACAUUCCACUGGCUGUGACCCCAAAAUGGGGAACUGUUUGUGUAAAGCUUCAUAUCACGGCCCACAGUGUGACAAAGAAUGUGAUCUGGGUUUCUUUGGCGCACACUGUGAGCAGCCAUGUGACUGUCCAGGUGGGGGAUCAUGUGACCCCAGGACCGGAGAGUGCAGCCAGCAAUGUCCUGCAGGACUUCAUGGAGACAGAUGUCAGCUAGUCUGUGAAGCUGGGCACUAUGGACAAAACUGUCAACUGACUUGUGACUGUGGAGGAACUCCAUGUCAUCCCAUAACGGGACUGUGUGUCUGUCCGCCUGGGAAGAUUGGACCCUCCUGUCAGGAAGACUGCCCUGAGGGGUUUUGGGGCUUGAAGUGCCAGUUCUCCUGUCCACACUGUCAGGACAGUGGUUCCUGCAACAAACUGACCGGAGGAUGUGACUGUAAGCCAGGCUUCACUGGAAACCUCUGCCAACAUAAGUGUCCUCCAGGUCAUCAUGGACCAGGCUGUUUAAUGCACUGUUCAUGUCAUGCUGACGCCAGCUGUGACCCACACACUGGUCACUGCAUCUGCCCUCCUGGCAGAACAGGCCAUGACUGCGCAAUAGCGUGUGAGUCUGGUUACUGGGGCCAAGGAUGCGUCAGUAAAUGCCAGUGUCAGGACAACUCUCUAGGCUGUGACCCCGUCAGCGGUCAGUGUAUGUGUGAAACAGGCUUUACUGGAGACCACUGUGAAAAGAAGUGUGCAAAUGGUACUUACGGGCAGGGCUGUAUGCAGCAGUGUCAGUGUCAAAAUGGAGCCCACUGUGACCAUGUGAGUGGAGCCUGCACAUGUUCCCCUGGAUACACCGGCACUUCCUGUGAAAAGAUGUGCCCGGAUGGCUUUUACGGUCUAUACUGUGGCCAGAUGUGCGAGUGCAGGAACGGUGCCCGCUGCCACCACAUCACAGGAGCAUGCCUAUGCACCGCCGGCUGGGCAGGACCACACUGCAUUCUGGAAUGCCCGGAAGGUCACUUUGGAGAGCGGUGCAGUCAGACCUGUGUGUGUCAGAACAGAGCCAGGUGCGACCACAUCACUGGGCGGUGUAGCUGUGCAGCGGGAUGGAUGGGUGUGAACUGCCAACUCCCUUGUCCACCAGGACAUUAUGGAGAGGACUGUUCCGGUCAGUGCCUGUGUCAAAAUGGGGGCUCCUGUGACAGCGUGACUGGGCAGUGCACCUGUCCACCUGGCUGGACUGGAGACGCUUGUGAGUUAGAGUGUGAGGAAGGACGUUAUGGAGAGAAGUGCAUGCAGGCCUGCAGUUGUACAAAAGGAGGGAGAUGUGACAAGGUGACAGGCAGAUGUGUGUGUCAGCCUGGUUGGAUAGGACAGCUGUGCCAGUCAGCUUGCUCCAAGGAUUUCUUUGGGGAGAGCUGUCAGCAUAGGUGUGACUGCGUCCAUAGUCCAAGUUGCCAUCAUGUGACGGGACGCUGUGAGUGUGAGCCAGGCUGGAGAGGGCCCAGGUGUGGCAAACCUUGCCUCCCAGGAACCUACGGAGCUUCCUGUGCCCAGCAGUGUCAGUGCCCAGCUGGUGUGUCCUGUCACCACAAGACAGGGAGUUGUGGCUGUGCAGCUGGACUCACGGGGCCUGGCUGUGAGAAAACUUGUCCUGCUGGCAUGUUUGGACACAUGUGCAGCCAGCUGUGCCAGUGCUCAGGUGACCAGGAACAGUGUCAUCCUGUGACGGGGAAAUGUAGCUGCUUACCUGGUUACUCUGGGACACACUGUGAGCUGCGAUGUCGAGCCGGGACCUUUGGGCCAAACUGUAAGUCCAGAUGCAGCUGCACUAACGGCGGUCGCUGUGACUUCAGGACUGGAACUUGCUACUGUCCUCCUGGCUUCAUAGGAGCUGACUGCCGCACAAGUUGUCCAAGUGGGUAUUAUGGGAAGGACUGUGCUAAGCUGUGCUCCUGCGGGGAAGGAGGACAGUGCCACUCAGCAACUGGGAGGUGCAUCUGUGCACCUGGUAGAGUGGGACAGUCUUGUCAACAAGCUUGUCUGAGAGGGCGCUAUGGUCUUCAGUGCAGAAACACAUGCAGCUGUCAGAAUGAAGGCCAGUGUGACCCUGUUGACGGAUCCUGCAAAUGUGGACUGGGCUGGACUGGACCGAGUUGUGACAGAGCCUGUUCACACGGAAAAUAUGGGCUCGAUUGUGCACACGACUGUCCGUGUCUCAACAACGGGACUUGUGACCGUUUCACUGGCACCUGCAGAUGUGCUGCUGGAUACUACGGCCCCUCCUGUCAACACAAAUGCACGUCUGGGUUUUUUGGCUUGAAUUGUGGCCAAAGCUGUGACUGCAAAGUGGGUCAGACGUGUGACCACGCAACAGGACGAUGCAUAUGUCCACCGGGCCACUUUGGCUCCCAGUGUCAAAGAGGUUGUGAGCCUGGCGUCUUCGGACUGAGCUGUGCAGAGUCGUGUAACUGUGCCGGUGAAGCCCCGUGUGACCCAGUGACUGGACGCUGCCUCUGUCCCCCUGGAAGGACAGGAGAGCGAUGUGAGAAAGAGUGCGGUGGGGAUCAUUUCGGCCCCGACUGCUCCCUGCCAUGCCAGUGCUCCCGCGGGGUCCGCUGUGAUGGGCUGAACGGGCGAUGUCUGUGUCCUCUCACCUGGCUGGGCCCCACAUGUAGUGAAGCGCCGCUACAUCAAACCCCCCGACUGUUGAACUCCUCCAUGUCCCAGAGAAAGAGAAGAGCGGGCAGCAAAAUCACAUAACCCCGAGCAGAGGCGCUGACUCCUGACCGGACAUUUGAACACAGGGUUUUGUCUGUGUGGAGCAUUUCUGAGAUCAUCCUUGUCAAAGUGGUGUGGGUGAAACUACGUCAUAUGUUGCGGACCUGGUACCCAGCUGUCAGAUUUUACUGGCAGUCUAUCACACUUACACUGCAGCAUACUCAUCAUCGCUGAGACAAGGUUAUCAAACAGUGAUCCUGACACGUGAGGGGCCCUCAGAGGACCAUGAACUCUAAACCUACCCCACGCCGUAAGAUUUAAAGUCCAGGGUUACACAGACUACCUGCUUCACAUCUGUUCCUAUUCCUAAUUCGGUUUCCAGUUUGACAUUUAAUGAGUUGUUAAGGGUUUAGUUUCUUUCUUAUGGAUGUUUGCACAAGACAUGUGACUGAAUCGCAGGCUCUCCUGUAACCGGAGAGCUUUUACGUCUCCUACCAACACUUAGCGUUUUCUGUUAGCGUCCAUAAAAUAAGACUUGACGGUGGUGUGUAGCACAACGGCGUGCCGGGCAUAUUUUUGGUUUAAAUUAAACGUGUCUAAAACAGAUUUGGAAAUUAAUGGGUGAUGUAAAAGUGAAACGCCACACAUACAGUACGCCGGCUGCAGGCAUGUGACCUCCAACAGUGUAGUAAAACAGAGGAGCCAUAAAAUGUCGAAGCAGAGGGUUUUGGUUAACGUUUAAAUGUGGGACUUUCUUUGAUACAUGCUUUAAGAUGUAUAAAAUACUCAGCUUUAAGGAAUAAUUGUAUAAAGUAAUAACUUACCUCAGCUAGGCUGCCUUUUGCAAACGGGAGCUGAGAGAUGUCACCUGCAAUCAGGCUCCUAUUGGGCGAUACCAGCUGUCAGUCGCACUGGUGUCCACUCCUAUGUGCCAUCAUUUAUCUUCUAUUUUCCUCUAAAUGGGAACAUAAUGGUGGCUCUUCAGUAUAUUUUUUACUCUUGCAUUGGCAUCCUCGGGAGAACCUGAAGGCUAUGUCCACCUUUUUUUUUGUACAGUCUAUAGAACGUAGAUCUGAGCACAGAGCAGCUUUGAACAGCUCAAAAAGACAAACGUCAUUCUGCACAAAGAAGUGCAAAGGUCACAGUGAACUAUCACUAAACAAAUAUUCAUUCAUUCAUUCAUUCAUUCAUUCAUUUUGAUGGUCUGUGGGUGAGGCUGAGCCAAUCCCAACUGACAAUGGUGAGAGGCAGAUACACUGCGUGCAGGCUUCCAUAAAAAUACUGCAGGUUUACAAUGCAAAUUUUUGGAUGUAAGUAAAUCAAGUUCAACAAAUUAUAAUAAAGUCAUUUUUAAAGACUUUUCAAAUGAUAUAUUCAUACUCCUGAUGUAUAAUCCUUAAACACUGCAUCUUUGAUUUAUUCUAAACUGAUUCAUUGGGAAACUUUAGAGGAAUUCUUAUUUAUUUGCUCAUACGCCAACUUUUAACAGACGUCUGCGAACAUAUCAUCAACCUGUUAGUUAUCGCUUAACAAUAUUAUGACC